AUGUCAGCAAUUUCUGGAGAAUUGUUAAAAAAGGACGAAGAUGAAGAAUUCAAGAACUUCGUACUUUUCUACCUCAACGCAUUGCAAGGGUCGGGUAUACCUGAAACGUAUUGGAGGAGCCUACACCAUAAACUCACCCAUGAGAUUUAUGAUGCUGGGGAGGUGUUUGGAAUAAUCCAGUUUCAACAAAAUGAUGAUGAGAAUGAUGAUGGAACAAAUGGUGAGCUCAAGGACAAGCCUGGCACAGUGAUACGCUCCAAAGUGGUUGUUACUUGCGAAAGUGGAUUGCAAGCUUCACAGCCGACAAGUAUUUUUCUAAUAGACCACGCUUGGACAUAUCGUGUCGAUCAAGCCCGUCAGCACCUGGAGCAGAUUCCUGGACUGUUGAGCAGAAUGGCCUCUCUCAUGGGGUUGGACAUUAGUGGAAAGAAUGGUGAUGCUAAUGCAGUCGAGCUCGUGAUGGAGCACAUGUGGCUCUACAACCAGACUUAUCAGCUUUCUCAAGGGUCUGCAGAGGAGAAGAUUCCAGUGUGGUACAUCAUGGAUGAGUUUGGUUGUUCAGUACAGCACUCUGACCGGCCCACCUGUGGCAUGGCUCCAUUCUUCUUUGCCGAAGCCCAGGUGGCUUUCACCGUACUCUGGCCUCUUCGAGAUUUGCAAGUGGAAGAUGAAAUAACCCGUGACUUUGCAUACGGCGAGACUGAUCAUCUGGUUAGACAGUGCCGUUUGUUACCAUGGACACCUGCUGAUCUACAAGCAGUUUGUCCAAAAACUACAGAACCGCCAGAUUCAUACUAUGAGGCAGUUUGGCAGGAGAACAAAGAGCAGCUUCCUGUGGAAAUUAACCCCUCACCACUAUCCAAUGACAGAAUACUCAAGGUGUACUCUGAAAUGUCACAAGUGGCGAACAAUUUGACGCACAAGCGUUUUGAGUUGACGGAAAACGAGGAGGAGGCGGAUAUCAUUUGGAGCUACAACCACAUCAAAGACUACAGAAAGCUGAGCGUGGAGCGACCUCACGUCAUGCUGAACCAAUUUCCCUGUGAGAACCUCAUCACCGUGAAGGACUGCCUUGCCGCUGUGGCCCGAAGAGUUCAGAGCGGUUUGGAUGUGAUACCAAAGACUUUCAACCUCCAGACAGAGCUUCCACAGUUUAUAAGACACUAUCAAGAGAGACAGCAGAGGGGUCAAGAUAAUCACUGGAUAUGUAAGCCGUGGAAUUUGGCACGUGGGAUGGACAUACACAUCACUAACAAUCUGAACUACAUCAUCCGACAGAGAGAGAGUACACCAAAGGUUGUCUGUAAAUACCUGGAGGAUCCAGUGCUGUUUGAGAGGGAGGACAUUGGACCGGUGAAGUUUGACUUCCGAUACAUGUUGAUGUUGCGUUCUGUAAAGCCGCUACGUCUCUAUGCCUACAAUGUCUUCUGGUUGCGCUUUGCAAAUAGACCUUUCUCCCUGGACCAUUUUGAUGACUACCAGAAACAUUUUACGGUUAUGAACUAUACAGAGGGCGUGGAGCUAAAGCAGGUUCACUUUGAUGAGUUUAUUCCCAUGUUUGAAAAACAGUACCCUCAGCAUACAUGGAAAGACGUAGAGGCACAAUUGUUUGAAGCUUUCAAGAGGCUCUUCCAGGCUUAUUCAUCUCGACCUGCCCCGUAUGGUGUUUGUCCAUACCCGCCUUCCCGAGCAAUCUAUGCUGUCGACCUCAUGCUGAAGUGGAGAACGGAGGAAAAUGGCGAUCGUAUCAUGAUUCCUCAGAUUCUAGAGUUUAACUUCAGCCCAGACUGCGAACGGGCUUGUAAAUACCACCCUGACUUCUACAACCACAUGUUCCAGACACUGUUCUUGGACCAGCCGGAAGACUGCCCUGUUACACAGAUUGCAUGA